UCCACGGGCAGAGUUGACCGCCUCUCCCAGUCCCCGCCGCCGCGCCGCGUUCCUCGCCGCGCCCACCCGUCGUUUUCUCGAUCUUGUCCCAAAGCCUCCCUUCCUUCCUUCCCCACUCCUCGGAAAUCGUGCUCCACCACCGAUGGCGGAGGCGCUGCUGCUCGCGUGCCACAUCCUCCUCGCGCUCGCCCUCCUCUCCUCUUCCCUCUCCCACCUCCUCCUCGCCGCCGUCGCCCACCUAUCCCCGGCGCACGCGAACCACCACCGCUGCCUCCGUUUCCUCCGAGAACACCCGACCCUCCGCCUCCUCCCCGUCCUCGCCGCGACCCCCUUCCCCUUCCUCCCCGUCGCCCCGGUCUCCCGCCUCCUCCCGUUCCUCCUCCUCCCUCCCCUCCUCCUCCUGCUGCCGCUCCCCUUUCUCCCUUCCUGCCACCAGCACCUCCCGCUAGUCCUCCGCCCGCUCCUCCUGUCCCUCCCGCUCUCCCUCCUCGCCCGCGCGGGGGCUUUCCUCGCCGCCGCGUUCCCCUCCUCCGACCUCCAGGCCCACGCGCUCUCCGUCGCGGCCCUCGUUCUCCUCGCGGCCGCCGCGGCCUCCCUCGUCUCCGCGCUGUCGCCCCCCAGAACCCACCACCACUUGUUGGCCGAGACGGCGCUCGCCUUCGCGGGAGCUGUCGGGGGUCUCUGGUCGCUCCAGACCGGCCUCAGCCUCUACGUCGACUCCUGUGUCCCAGCCGGCUGCCACCGGCUAAUGGACGCGGCCCUCGCGCCGGCCACGCGCUGUGAUGUCGGCGAAGUCAGGCUCCGGGCUGUGGCUGUCAUGGACCUCAUGCUCUCCGUGCAUUGCGUGAUUGCGGCGGCUGCUGUGGCCGGUUUGUACCUUGGGGUGGCAAGGUGGUGCGGAGUUGACGCUGGGGGUGGUGGUGCAAGCGUGGGGACGGGUAGGAGGCAUAAUGGUGUUGGAGGUUCUUAUGAAGCCCUUCCUACGGUGGCAUCGUCGGGGGCUGUUGCGGAGAUGGAGCAUUUGCCGAUGAAGGGUGUAGGUGGCAAGAGUGUGGCACAAGAAUGAGGAUGAGUUGCGCCCAUUCACUAAUUAACUAGGUAUAUUGUGAUCCUCUGAUGUCAAUUGAUAUCGCUUAGAUUCCACCGUCUGAAAAACUUAGCUGUAUGGGUGGAUUUUUUAGUUGAAAGGGUGGCUGAAUAUUUCGACGAAUUGGAGAUCAUUAGUUGCUAGGGUAGAUGGUUACUGAAAUCUGUGAUAUCCAUUGUCCAAUGGAGAAUAAUGUGGAGCAUGGUCAUUGAUGUGCAUCAUCCACCAACCACAUUGCACCGUUGUUCUUUACAGUAUGACAUUUGGUAGCCUUGUACAGUUGUUAUGAAAUAUUUACUUUGCAUCAUUCUUGUUUGUUCUUGUUA